CGACUCUUCUUCAUCCUCUCGUCGACUAACUAAAGUUGAUGCCACAUGAAGGUGACGUCAUAGCUCCAGCCUCGCUCGCCUCCCUCCCCGCCCCUGCGGGACCGGCGGCAGCAGGUGUCAAGCCUCCAUCCGCCCGGGCUCCGCCUCCAGCUGCCUGUGAGGAGGCCGACUCUUGAACCUGGCUGCGGAGACCGGAGGGCGCGCGUGGAGGACGCAUCAUGACGUGAUGGUUCCGGUGGCCGUGGGAGCGGAGCGGAGCACCGAGUGACCGGACGUGUCGCGAGCAUCGGAACCAGCUGCUGGGCACGAGCCCGUGUGUGUCACAGGUUGGCGGGAAAUCCCAGUGAAAGGUGGUCCAAGUGAGAGACGCACUCCACGACCCUGUCAUGGUUCCCCGUCGCCAUCCGCUCCUCGUCCCUGCACCUCUGACUGCCUUCUGAUGGUUUGAUGGAGAGCUGGUCGAAUGUCAGCGGGAACUAUUGUUAUUACUGGAGGAAUUCUCGCCGGAGUGAUACUGCUGUGCAUCGUAGCAGUGCUCUGUUACUGUCGACUCCAGUAUUACUGCUGUAAGAAGAAUGAGUCUGAGGUGGACAAAGGCUCGGUGGCGGGGCCGGACCCACUCUCUCACUUCCCCUGCAACGCUUGCAACGCGCUGGCCAACGACGGCGCCGACAUCACGCCGGUCUCUCUGGACCAGCUGGACAGGGGACCUCAGCUCAAGCCCUGUCCCACCUGCUCGCCGUACUCCAUCCGCUCGGGCCUGGGCGGGGACGUGUGCAACGGAGGCGAGCGGCUGGGCUUCCACACCUACUACGAGAACCCGCCCCUUGCUCUGCCCCUGCCUGCCAACCCAGCGGGGUCGUCUGCUGUGAACUACUACGCUCCCGCGGACAUGUUCCCUCCCCCUCCCCGACCCUACAGCACCGACGUCUGAGCACAACAGUUGGAAGUGGGUUGGUUCUGAACAACAUGAUCCAGCCUUUGAGUGUUCCCCCUAGAAUUAGUGACUUGUUAGUCAUGGCUGAAUCAGAAGUCUGCAACUAACCAGGAAGGUUAUAUGCAACUGCAUCAGCAAAGAAGAACAGAAGCAUCUUCUCUUCAGGACCUACCAAGCAUAAUGACCUUUAACCCUUUCAGUGGAAGCCCAUAGUGUGUCCACUAGAUUCUCACGUGUCAGAGGCCUGUUGGGUAUUAUGAGACGGUAAAUUUUGUUCCUGUUUCCUCCCGCAACAGUUGUUCUGAGCGAGUGCUGUCCCAAUGUCCUCCAAAGGUUUUCUGUUCUGUGGCAGGAGAAGCUGCUCCAGCUCCAGCCGUGGCUGCUGCAGGUCUGCGCCUGUGGAUUAUUUGAACAUCAGUAAAACUAAAAAUGAUCCAGGUGAAUAAAUGAUCCCUAAUCUAAAGUGUGACCAAAACAUGUAUUAAGAAACUAUCACAGUGAGGGAACUACGAUGAUUUUGUAGACCCAAACCUUGGCUCUUUCAUUCAUGUUAAACACCCUUGCUGUGCUUCUGAUUUGGGCCAGUAUUUGUUAGUAGAGUAGAGUGUCAAACUGCAGGCCCGGGGGCCAAAUGUGGCCCGCAUGAGCUGGUCACUAACAAAGCAUCCUAACCCAGUUGACAUGGAAUUUGACUUGAGGGAUGUUUGUCCGAACUCCAGACAAACCUCUCCUCGCCAUACUGACCAGAGGCGCUGAGCAAAGAGCCGCCCCGCUGGCAUGCUGGUGCAUGUUCUGCAUCGUGACGGUGGUCCUCCUCACCUGCCAUGAAAUCACCCACGGUGCGAGCGUGAGCCGCAGCCGUCUGAGGGCCUGCAGCAGCCAUAUGCAAGUCACCAGUUCCCUCGCCGUCAACCAUGCAUGCAAUUCUCAAGCCGUUUUAACUGUUUAGUUCAGACCAAAACAUGCUUUUAUCCCUGUGUUGAUUCGAUCCAGCAGCUACUUGAACAGCUCCUGUCUGCAUUUACAGUCCAGUGCCCCCAAAUCUUGUCUCGCCAAAUGAUGUCAUCUUAACUGUAAACUAGUGUAGAGAUCCGAAUUUUCCCUGGAAGGAUGAAUCAGGCAAGAAACAAUGCAGUGUAAGCACAAUGUUGCCUCAGCGCCAGUUGAUUGAAAGUGCUUAGCUCAUCUUCAGUUUCACUCCACCCCACCCCCUCAACACCAAGGGUGCUGAGCAGUUUCUCUGUCAGGUUCCAGUCAGUCCCAGUGAAAUCAUCAGUUACGGAGGAAAGACACUCGAAGAAAACAUCAUUUACUUUCACUUCUGCAGCCGUGGGAGUUUCCACUCUCUGUUUCUGACGACACGAGUGGGCGGACUAUCCUGCGGUGUUGCUUGAACGUCUAAUAUCCGGGGGCGAGGCCACACUUGGACUGAAAGCAUAUCUAUCCUAUAUUUCUACUGUGAGCGCCGGUUGUGUGAGGGUUUUACCUCUCCAAUGUUGAACUUUAGUGAAGAGAAAUGCAUUGAAAUGAACAUUCCUCCACUCGACUCUGUUUACGCGGUGACACGCCUCCUUGCACCCGAAAUGAUCCACACGUUUGUUUAUGUUGGUGUCACGGUGACCUGCUUGUUUCACUGCUGAGGACACGGUGGAUUAAAUGUGAC